AUGCGCUCGGAACGGGUCAUCCCCCUGGCCUCGUCGCGCCUCUCCGAGACGGACGUCGAAACGGACGAAAACGAUGCAUUGACGCACGAGCCGGACGAUGCGACCAAGUCCCUGGUGCACUUAGUGUUUGAAGACAAACUCGACCUCGUCCGGGAGCGUCUACGGCAAGGAAACCUCGACAGCGACGAGCUCACAGAAGAGUUCGAGGGUGAAAACAUUCUGCACUGGGCCAUCGCCAACGGUCACGACGAAAUCGUGGCCCUCUUGCUACAGCAGCCCGCGAUUCAAACGAUUUCAGACGCAGGAAAGACACCAUUGCAUGCCGCCUGCCGCACACAAAACUUCGGUGGUAUCGUGAUCCUCCUCGACGCUGGUGCGGACGCGAGCGCCGUCGACAGC